AUGAUCGGGCCGUCGAUGCUGGCGUCCGACCUCGCGUGCCUCAAGGACGAGGCGCUCAAGGUCGUCGCGGCCGGCGCCGACUACCUCCACCUCGACGUCAUGGACGGCCACUUCGUGCCCAACAUUACGUGGGGUGCGCCGGUCAUCAAGAGCCUCCGCAAGCACACGACCGCCUUCUUUGACUGCCACAUGAUGGUCGCCGAGCCGGAAAAGUGGGUCGACGACAUCAAGGACGCUGGCGGCGACCAGUUCACCUUCCACCUUGAGUCGACGAGCAACCCGACGGCGCUCAUUGCGCAGAUCCGCGCCGCGGGUAUGAAGGUCGGCGUCGCCAUCAAGCCCGGGACUGCCGCCGACGCCGUCCUUCCGUACGUCGACCUCGUUGACAUGGUGUUGGUGAUGACGGUCGAGCCGGGCUUUGGCGGCCAGAGCUUCAUGGCCGACAUGAUGCCCAAGGUCGCGUUCUUGCGCGAACGCUUCCCGCUCCUCGACAUUGAAGUCGACGGCGGCCUCGGGCCAUCGACGAUCGACGCCGCGGCCAAAGCUGGCGCCAAUAUGAUCGUCGCCGGCAGCUCUGUCUUCCGCGCAUCCGAUCCCGCAGACGCUAUCUUGGCCAUGCGCCACAGCGUCGAGCGCCUCGGCAACGGCAAGACCGACGCCGAGCUCACGCGUCGCUAG